GCAUGCGCACCUGUGGGCACACGGUGCCGCCCCUCCUGCCGCCGCCGCCGCCGGGCCUGGGCUGAGGCGGCGGGUUCCAUCAUGGUGCGGUGCGGCCGGGCAGUGUUGCGGCAGUAUGGCAACUUCAUAGACGCCUUACGGCUCUACGUGAGAGGAGGAACUGGUGGAAUGGGUUAUCCCCGCCUGGGUGGGGAAGGAGGGAGAGGUGGCGAUGUCUGGUUCGUCGCCCGAGAAAAAACUACCUUAAAGAACAUUAGGGACAGAUAUCCCAAGAAGCGAUUUGUGGCUGGAAUGGGAGCCAACAGCAGUGUUAAAGCAUUAAAAGGUGAAAAAGGAAAAGAUUGUGAAGUUCAUGUGCCUCUGGGAAUUUCAGUUCUUUGUGAUGAUGGCAAGCAGAUUGGGGAGCUUAAUGCAGAGGGAGAGAGGUUCCUAGCAGCUCGCGGAGGUCUUGGAGGCUCUUUGGCCACAAACUUUGUGCCCUGCAAAGGUCAGACGCGAAUUGUUCGCCUUGAUUUGAAACUUAUAGCAGAUGUUGGCUUAGUUGGGUUUCCAAACGCAGGAAAAUCGUCCGUAUUAAGCAAGAUUUCUCAUGCCAAACCUGUGAUUGCAAAUUAUGCAUUUACAACAAUACAGCCUGAACUAGGAAAGAUCAUGUAUGCAGAUUAUAAACAGAUUUCAGUAGCUGAUCUCCCAGGACUGAUUGAAGGUGCGCAUGCAAACAAAGGGAUGGGCCACAAAUUUCUCAAACAUGUAGAAAGAACCAAGCAGCUUCUCUUAGUUGUUGAUAUUUCUGGCUUUCAGCUGUCUGUUAAGACUCAGUACAGAACAGCCUUUGAAACGAUAUUGCUUCUGACAAAGGAACUGGAGCUGUACAAAGAGGAACUUCUAACAAAGCCUGCACUUCUUGCCAUUAAUAAAAUGGAUUUGCCUUGUGCAAAGGAUAACUUGAAUGAACUUAUGAGGCAACUACAGAAUCCUCAAGACUACUUACACUUACUACAGGAAGAAAUUAUUCCUGCAAAUACACUUGAAUUCAAAGAUAUAAUUCCUAUAUCUACGUAUAGUGGAGAAGGAAUUGAGGAACUAAAAGCAUGUAUAAGAAAAUCUGUAGAUGAGGAAGCAGAGCAGGAGAAUGAAGAAUAUAGGAAAAAGAAACUACUACUACUACGAACUUCAGAAGAACAACGAAUGAAUAGAAGCUAGCAUUCUUGGCCAGAUCCAACGUAUUUUAAUAUUUUUAGUAUGUACAUGAACCCACAUGAACCCAUUGCUAUGCAGACCUUCCAUUUAGUUUUUGUUCCCUUUACCACUGCUGCCCAGUUUUCCGCUCCUCCCCCCCCACCCCCAUUGUCUGAGUUUCUUUUGGCACUUGGGUAGGGCACAGUGGGGAAAAGAACAGGGUUUUCUGAUUUAUGCUGGCUGCUGACUCAGCAGAGUAAAAACUGAAGUACGUGCAACUCAGAGCACUGCUUAACAACUGAUCCUUGGAAUAUUUUUUUUGCCAAAUGGGAUGAAUAGAAGGGAUAUAACCUGCAGAGGAGAAAGUUCAGCCGCUCCCCAUCUUUUGCCAUGGACAUCAGAAGUACCAUGGGGAAAUUUUGAUGGAGCAGUUUCACAGGGUCUGGUGCUUCUAAGGUGAACGAGUUCUGCUAUUUGGAGAGGCACUGAACUGUGGGGUUUUUUGUUAAAGGUCUAAAGGAAAACACAAAUAAAUGGUUGUAAGGAA